AGAGACAGCGCCACAACCCGAGUCGAUCCGUCCCUUGUGAUGACCCGGUUCCACUCGCCGCGGCCGCACCAGACCAACCGUCGGUCGCAUGGGCCCGAGUUCUCGGUCGUGUACAUCUCCAAGUGGAUCCGCAUCACGAGCAACUUCAUCGCUGGUGCUAUGAUCGUCGGGACCGCAGUCAUCGUCGCCUUUCUGCUCUGGAAGGGCAUGUUCCAGAGCCAGUAUGUGAUCGCGUACCCGCAGUCGUCGACCGGCUCGGCGUGGACACCGUUCGCCACGUCCUGCGUGCUCAACGCCAACGGCUGGGUUCCCUUCUCGUGCAGAGACACCGAGGUGGCCUUCACGGGCGCCUUGCCGUGGACGACCCUCGGUGUGCAGCUCGCGGCGACGCUCCAGCUCACGCCGCAACCGACCGGCAAUCUCUCGAGCAGCGCGCUCAUCACAACGUGCCUCGUCGGGCUCGAUCGGUCGCGGGUCGCGGUCGUUCUCUUCGCGAGCCACCCGAGUGACGGCUACGCUGCGUGCAUUCCGAAUGGCGGGCAGCCCAUGACUGGUAUGUUUGUCCUCGAGACGACGACGACGGACGCGUAUCCCAACGGUGUCUUCCUCUUGAGUUCGUGGACCGACUUGAAGCUCGCACCGCUUUCCAUGUUACUGCAGACCGACGGGACCAAUGUGCCCAUCGUGCCGUUCACAAAGACAUUCAUUGGCAUGGACGGGAUGGCGAUCAACGCGCCCCCGGACACGGUCAACUACUACACCCAAGUCAAUAGCCUCAAUCGACGGUACCUCAUGUGGGCGACGUCAAACGUGCACAUCAUUGCAAUCGCCAACGCCAAGGGCUACUCGGGCUGGAGCUACGGCAAGUACUCGCGCUACAUCGGCACGAUUGGCUGGGUGCAGCGGCACACGGUCGACAACCAUCUCGAGCUGCUCUACUUUCAGAUUGCGAUUACGCUCAUCUCGCUCGCCGUCCUUGCAAACGAUGCGUACGUGACGUUCCAAGGCGCGUCUGGCUUGCUAAAAACAAGCCGGUGCUGACCUACGACAUUUUUCC